AUGGACAUGGACGUGGUAAAUAUAUCAACAAGAAGCAACAACUCAAUUAUAGAUACAGAAGAAACAAUACCAAAGUUACUUCUAGAUGAACAAAGCGUGACAGAGGAUUAUAGCGAAAUAGGCCAUAUAGUUAAAAAUAUGCCAGAAUAUACAUCUAAAGACAGUCCAACUAGAACGCAGAUCACGAAGGAAGAAACAAGAAAUUCUAACACAGAAGUACCAGACAUGGUAGAAAUGAACAAAACGGCUUCAUACAAACAGCAAAGCCAAAUGGUUCAGCACAGCAGGAAUGAACAAAUAGAAAAUGUAGAUGAGCCAAAAAACAUCAAGGCAAAACCGAAAAGGCAAUAUAAGUGCAAAAAUGUAAAUGAAACUACCCAACAGCUUGAAGAUCAAUUAGCACAAUGCAGAGCAAGAAUAGUCAUAAUGGAAGAUACCAAUAGAGACUAUAGAAACACAAUCAAUCUACUUAGGAUGCAAUCAGAAGAAAGCACUAUUGACAAAAGUAACUUAAAUGCCUACCAGCCAAAGUGUGACUGUAGCAACAACUUGCAGGAACAGACUAUAAACAAAGUCGAUAUGAUGCUGAACAACUUCAGGUUAGAAAUGGAAAAUAGAGACCUAAGAAUAAAACAUCAAAUGGAGAUGAACGAAUUAAGAAACAAACUGCAAAUAAUGGAAUUACAGAAAGAAGUAGGAAUGUGGCAAAGACCAGGAAGUCAUGAAUAUUAUCCUUAUAAUCAGAAUAUUGACAAUACUAGGAACUCAAACCAACAUCAAAUGAGUGAUCAGCACUCUGGUGCACAGCUUAUAAAUCAGCAAUCCAGGAUUCCUAACCAAGCCAAUCCACUAUUCAUGACACCUAUGGCACCUCCACACUAUAGCCAAAUACCAACAGAGCAGAGCAGAAUAAAUCCUGGCCAUAUUCAAGCGCCAAUGUACUACAAUAACAGAAUACAGGCUAUACCUGUAAAUAGCCAAAGUAGCCACCAUUAUCCUGGCUAUAGAAGUAUACAUGUACCAACUGGCAGUAUCAACACUAACAUGAUACAAAAUGCACAUUUAUACAGACAGCAAUAUAGGAUGACUCCACAACCUAUACCACAAAAUAUAGAUCAACACCAAGGAUAUAGUCAGCAACAGACAAACAGAAAGGAACAAAGUCAAAGAAACAUCAAUAAAAGAGUUUAUGACCAAAGAACAAGCAUGCCAGUAAUAGCUAAACAAAGUCAUGCAAAAGAACUUGAAAGACAAAAACAAUUGCAACAACUAACAAAUCAGGAUGAUAAUACUAACCAAAUAGACAAAGAACCAACAAAAGAAGCUAGAAUGACCAUCAAUCUGACAAAUUCAGCUGCCGCCAAAAAUAAUGAAGCCAAAGCACAUACAGAAGUAAGCCAUCAAGUAGAUGUCAUGCCCAGAACUGGUCUUAUAACAACGGCUUCUAGUGGGGACGCCCCGCUGGAAGCGGACUGCCAUCAGAAGUUCCCCUCUCAAAGGGGGGCCAAUGUUGGUGGUCCUAAGCAUCUAAAGGGACUAGUUCAGGCUGACAAUCUAGAAACAAAAGAAGAUGGGAAUAGAAAGAAACCAAACCAUUUUUUAGGCAGUGGCCGAUCAAACAAGAUAAAAGGGAGGAUAUCAUUAUAG